AUGCCGCUCGAAAAGCCCAAGCAAAGCAAUUCAUUGCCCAAAGCGUUGCAUUUCUCUGUUGUCCCAAUCACGCACAAGACGAGUGUCAGUCGUUUACCAACGAAGGGACUCGACUCCGCCCUAUGUGAAUGGGGCCCCUCCAGCCUUUCAACCGUCGUAGAGGCUCUUGCCAACUUGGAGAAACAAGUACUGGAAUUGGACAAUGCUGAUGGCGAUAUCAGUGGCAUUGUAUUGCGUUACGGGCAUUUCUAUGGACCCGCUACUAGUACCUUCCAAGCCAUCAGCAAGGGCAAGCGUGGAGUCUACACUGUAGUCGACGAUUGUCCCGUAUCCGCAGCCGGCUGGGUUACCAAGCACGCUAUGAUUGUGGUAGCCGCUUCUGCACCUCCAGAAAUAUCGAAAGAUGCUGCUGAGAAGAAUUUGGAUCCGUUUACGUGCUACUUUAUGACGGAGCAAAAGGGAGUUGGGCUGGGUUCCUGA